UCCACGCUCAGGGGACUCGCGCGCACGCAGCGGCGCGGCCCCGGCGGCGGCAGCGACGUCACAAGCCGAACUUUCCUUUUCGGGAGUCCCCGGCAUACAUCCUGUGUCCAUGUUUGGUCAUUUACGUCACGGCGCCAGGGCCGGGGCCUCCCGAAAUGGCAGUGGCCCGGGGAGUCGGAAGCCCGGAGCCAGCACCGCCUCGGCUAUAUAAGUGGGGGGACGGUGGGCUGGGGGAGCCAGGCUGCGCUUUGGAGCCACCAGGAGCCGCCGCCCGAGGCCGGUGCCGGCGAGCCAGGGCGUCGCGGCCCCCCGACCCGCGUCCCGGACCCGAGCGUCGGGAGCUUGGAGCUAGAGCUCCAGGCUUCCCCGCCAGCCGCGCGCGCCCCAGCCCUGCGAGGCCCCGGGCGCCCCGCCGCCGCCGCCGCGCCAUGCUCCACCUGAGCGACUUCUCCGGCCCCGACGCGCCCCUCGCCAAACCCACCGAAGGCUGCGCCCACGCCAGCCCCGAGCUGCCCCGGCUGCCCGCCAGGGACGCUCCCUCGGCCGCCGCCUAUCCUGGAGGCGACUUCUUGAGCUGGGCUCUGAGCGGCUGCGGCGGCGCCGGGGGGGACCUAGCUGACUCCUGCUUCCUGGAAGGCCCCGCACCCACGCCCCCUCCGGGCCUCAGCUACAGCGGCAGCUUCUUCAUCCAGGCGGUACCCGAACACCCGCACGACCCGGAGGCCCUCUUCAACCUCAUGUCGGGCAUCUUGGGCCUGGCACCCUUCCCCAGCCCCGAGGCGGCAGCGUCUCGGUCCCCGCUGGAUGCCCCUUUCCCCGCGGGCCUCGAUGCCUUGUUGCCGGACCUUUACUCCCCGGAUCUGAGCUCAGCCGCCUUCACGGAGGCGUUUUGGGAGGCUGCGCCUUCGGCGGGAGCCCCCUCGCAGUGCCUGUUCGAGCCCCAGCUCUCCCCGCCCGACGUCAAGCCGGGGCUGCGGGCGCCUCCCGCUUCGCCAGCGCUGGACGCUGCCUCGGCCUUAAAAGGGCCCUACGCCCCCUGGGAGCUGCUGUCUGCGGGGGCCCCGGGGAACUGUGGGUCACAUGCAAGCUUCCAGGCCACCCCCGAGGCGCGUUUCCCCACGGUAGGGACCAAGGUUGAGGACCUGCUGUCCAUCAGCUGCCCCGCCGAGCUGCCGGGCCCGGCCACCAGACUCUACCCGGCAGGGGCCUACGACGCCUUCUCGUUGGCCCCGGGUGACUUAGGGGAGGGGACCGAGGGCCUCCCGGAGUUGCUGACCCCUCCGGGCGGGGAGGGAGGGAGCAGUGGCGAAGGCGGGGAGUUCCUGGCCACCUCUCAGCCUCAGUUGUCCCCGCUGGGCCUGCGCAGCGCCGCCACGGCGGCGGCGGACUUCCCCAAACCCUUGGUGGCCGACCUCCCGGGAGGCAGCGGAGUGGCCCCGCCGCCGGUGUCGCCCGCCGCCGCCUUUCCCGCGGCCAAGGCCCGUCGCAAGGGGCGCCGGGGCGGCAAGUGCAGCGCACGCUGCUUCUGCCCGCGGCCGCACGUCAAGGCCUUCGCCUGCCCGGUGGAGAGCUGCGUGCGGAGCUUCGCGCGCUCCGACGAGCUCAAUCGCCACCUGCGCAUCCACACCGGGCACAAGCCCUUCCAGUGCCGCAUCUGCCUGCGCAACUUCAGCCGCAGCGACCACCUCACCACGCACGUGCGCACCCACACGGGCGAGAAGCCCUUCGCCUGCGACGUGUGCGGCCGCCGCUUCGCACGCAGCGACGAGAAGAAACGGCACAGCAAGGUGCAUCUGAAGCAGAAGGCGCGGGCCGAGGAGAGGCUCAAGGGCCUGGGCUUCUACUCGCUGGGCCUCUCCUUCGCCGCCCUCUGAGCUGGAGCUGGCCCUGUAGGUUGGGGGCGCCGCCGCUCGGCGCACGCGGCAAGGUCUGGCCGGUCCCUCCUCCCCGCUACCCUUCCUGCCUCUUCCACGCACGUCCGGGGCCACCCGCAGUCCAGCUCCAGUUCCCAUGAAGCGCCUGCCGCACACGCCCUUUCAGCACGGGUUCCGUGGACAGCACCUGCUGUUCGCAGCCGCCUUCCUCCUAGCCAGCUGUGGGGACAGUCCUCUUGGGCCACCCACAGAGCAGGCACUUCCUUUGGGACUAAAGAGAGGUUUUUUGUUUUGUUUUGUUGGUAACUGGCGUUUGCCCCACGCCCUCCUCGUUAUCCUUCCCCAGAGACAAAGCUAGGGAUGUGCCGAGACGAGCCGGUCUCUUAGGAACUUUGUAUAGCAAUGUCCAGCAAGCCUUUGGAUGUGAUGUUUUUUGCUUUGGGGUGAUUUUCUUUUGGUUGUCGUUCAUUUUUGUAAAGCAGAUGCUACUCUCAAGCACUUGACAAAACUGUUUAUUUUUGCAAUUAAAAUUAUUGUGCUAAAAGCUUA